AUCAUCAAUUAACACAUACUGUCCCUCAAAACACCAUGUCCCGGGGUCAAUUGGCACAUUCCCGGUAUAAAACAACCUCAAAAAACAAGCAGUACGGGUAAUGUGGGAGGUACCAAAGUGUCAAAAAUACAUCCACCUACCAUUCCAAACCUUUUUCCCAUCUUAUGGGGUUGUUUCAACAACUUUUCCAGUUUUUCCAAUUAUUGCUUUUUACCCUUACUUUCCAUUUUGGGGCCCACAUAAAAAUAUUUUUUGGGAGAAAAAAGGUGACAAAAUGAAGAUUAAUACCUAUUCUUUGGAUUCCUUUGAAAAAAAAAAAAAGAAAAAAAGGUAUGUGUUACUACCAGUCGGAUGUUCACUACAAUCUUUACGAGAAUUUUAAUAUAAAGCUCUCCAGGGGAAGGUGGGCAACUCAAGCUUGAAUAUCUAAAAUUUAGUUAUUCAACCUUGGGGCCUUCUCCGGACAUGAGGUAGGUUGUGUGCAUUGCCAAACGUUAGUACAAUGCACAGAGAAAUCUCACCGAGUCACCGGUAAACAUGAUUUAUCACUCAAGCUAAACAACAGGUAAAAUCUCAACCCUCAAUUAUAUCAUUUCAAUCUAUAGAAUUCUUUCGACGGAUAAACUCUUUGUGAAAUUAAUCAAUUGAUCCAAUCUUAAGUGUGUACGGAUUAUGUCAUUUUUGUGUUUGUUCUUGAAUGGCGCAUGGUAUUCGUUGUCCAAUUGGAAUAUCCGUAAAAUUAAUGUUCCGGGGUUUGAGUUGUCGUUCUGCCAUGGACUCCGAUCAUCUUCUCUUAUUGAUUUUCCUGGCUUUCUCAUCUCGGGAGCCCCAGUUGAUGUGAAUGUUGCUAAUGGAUUGGAUUAAAUGUAGAUAAUAAACACCCGACCACUUGCUUGAAUGCAAGGUUGCGACAAAUAGCCUCUAUGUCCUGCCAACUACGCAAAGAAGAUAUCUUGGCCUCCUUCUUUAACAAGUUUGAGAAUUUCUUUGACCAGUUCUUAAGCCAAGGUUUCAAACCUUUAGAGGAACUCUACUACCAGACUUGGUUGCACAGUGGACAAAGAGUUAUUGUACAGGAUACACGUGAAGGCCAAACAGUGGAUAAUGCUGCUACUAUUCAGGGAUUGACAUCAUCGGGAUAUCUAUUGGCAAUUGGAGAUGAUGGUCAAAUGUGUGAACUUCACCCAGAUGGCAAUAGCCUUGACUUCUUCAAAAGAUUAGUCAGACACAAAUUGAGUUGAAGAGUGCUCUACCAUUCUUUUUCAUGUGCUAUUUAUGAGGUGAGCUAAAAAAAAGAGGAGUGCAGUACAUGAGUACAUGGUAUUUAUGUUGCAGCCUGCAGGAGUGAGAUUGAGCUGGAAAGUUGUUGUUUGGCAGGGGUGAGUCAGCAGCCAAGAAUUGAAGAUAGAGAGAGAAAUCUAUGGAAUCAGAUCCUAAUCGUCUUUGUUGAAUUGUUGUUGGCUAGUACCAGUAUUAGCGUUUCAAUUUCAUCAAUCAAACAAACUUCAUAUCAACUGAACCUGAUUCGCCUUCUAGAACUGUUUUCUUUUGUCAGGGAUGCCUUCUCUUCUCUUCCUCCCAUUGUUUUUUCUUUUUUGUUUUACAUCAUUAGUAUUAAGUACUACUCGUACGUAGUAUUAUAUUAAUAAUCAUUUUUGGUUUUGGCUACUACUCGUAUCUUCUUUUUUUAUGUUGCACAUGAAUAAAUUAAUUAUUGAUUCGCCUUCCACAAUCACUUUACAGUUUACACAUUACAAAUAGAUGCAAUUAUCACUGUGCCCACAAUUGACCAUCUCAAUUCAACUGUAACUAUCUUGCUUUUUGUCCCCUUUUCUUGCCCGCGGCCCUUUAUGUCUCGCUAAUUUCAUUUUGCUUACUAGUACUAGAUUUGAUGUCUUGUCAUUACUCCAUCCUAAAUCACCCUCCUUUGUUUAGCUUAACAACACAAAACACGGUCAAGAGUCGACAUAUAUAAUAUAUGGAGUAUCCGAUACUCCAAAGACUCAUACGUCUUGGGCGUUGUAACUACCUUCGUCUUCAUGUAAUAUUCAAUGCAUAUGAUUACAAGUUUGGCAAUGGAGAGAAUAUUAUUCGAAAAUUUGGCUAGGAUCAAAAGGGUGAAUACAACAUUAAACAAAGACUAGUAUAGGCAUGACCAAGAAAAGUAGAGUUAAGAUUUCCAUGUGUCUCUUUAAACAUGACUUAGUAUAAUUUGGAAAAGAUUGUCUUUAAAUUCAAGUAAAGAGUUUUAUAAUCUAGGUGAUUGUUCAAUUUCGAUAGCUAAAGUCAAGUGAUGAUUAUCGCGUUAUACUUUUUGGUGUAAAUGCAUUAAACAAAUCCAAACCCGUGAAAUUAUACUUGUUGUAGAUAUGAGUAAUCUGAUUACUGAGAGCAAAGGCAAAGAAUAGCAGGCUAGCAGCCAUUUUGUACUCAUGAAACCAUUAGCAAGCGUAAUGAUUAAGCUAAUAACUAAGUCUAAACCAUCCUAUGAAGUAUGAAUGCAAAGAAA